AUGUCUCUCACAUCUACAAGCCCAGAUCCAAAGCGAUCCUCUUUAUCAAGACUCAGAAGUUUGUUAUCCAGGCGAAAACAUCUUCAUGAAACCACCACCAAUGAUAAAACUACCACUUCGUCAAAUACCCCUCAAGAUGAGACUUCCUGGUCUAGAAAGUAUGAAAGUCAAGAUGGACGUUACUCUCUCACGUCCGAACAUACUUAUAGCAUUCAUCGAUUUCCUUCGGAGAUAAACAUCUCCAAUGGUAGACCAUCGACACAAAUUCGAAACGACCAUUCUGAUUAUCAUGGCUUGAGAAGACCUUCGAAACCACAUCCAUUACAUGAAUUAUCACAAUCACAAUUAGCACAUUUUCGGAAAGUUUCAGGACCACCUUUACCACCUAAAUCUCCUCGUUGGAGAAGAGAGAAAGAAGAGAUUAUGAUAGAGCAUGAAACUUCCAAUAUAUGGCAGAAACGUUCUUCAUCUUCGAAACCUCGAUUCGACAGACAAUCAUUGAUGAAUCCUCCUUCCAACUCUCGAGGAUCGGAUGAAAGAUUCCACAGAGAAGCUGUAAAGGAUGAUCAAGGAGGGGAAAGACAAGAUGGAAAAGGGAAAUCACCACGUCGAGCUCUUUCAGCUAAGAAAAUAGUCGAAUAUUCAGGUUCAGUAGAUGAUAUGAUACGUCUUCUUUCAUUAUCAGAAUCAAAAAUUACUUCGACAAAAGUAGAAUUAAGGAUUGUUCAACCUACUACACCUAAUUCUGAAAAUACUUCUACUCCUCCUUCUCUCCCUCCGAGAAGACCUCUUCCCUCUGCACCGAAUACGAAUGAAUCGGAUAAGAAACCGGUAUCAGGAUUAUCACGAUUUCCACCUGUUUCAAGUUUUCCUACUUCGUCGCCUUUGUUCAAAUCACAACGAGUAGGACAUGUCUCUGUCUCGUCGGAUAUCACUUUGUCAAAAGAAGGACCUUCCUCAUCAUUCAAUAUGCCAACCUCGGUGGGAGGAACCAGAAGUAUCUAUCCUUAUGAUGUGAUGAAAGGGAGAAGAAAACCGGUCCCCACCUUACAUGACUCAAACAUUCCUUCGCGAACCACACAAAGUGUCCUUGUACGCCCUGAGAAAGACAUUGAGAAACCCAAUCGAUCUUCUAUUCACUCGGGUCAGACUGCACCUCUCUGUUUAACCCCAAGAAAGCUUCCUCGGCCAGGGCAAAAACAAUUUCCGGACAACGCAACGAGAACAGAUGAGGACGCCUUGAGUAACCCACGUAAGGUGGAAGAUAAGGAGAAGAAGUUAGUACAGGAGCAAAAGAGUGAUAAAUAUGAAGACGCCCAUAUGGGUAAGAAGUAUGAUCAAGACGAUCUGGAAAAGAGUAACGAUCAAGAUGAAGUGAAAGAAAUGUUUGAAGAAGUCAUGUCUGCUUGGUACUUCGGUCCUCCUUCUACCGUAAAAUCCGAAGUGUCUAAAUCAACCAAACAACGACCUUCUAGUACGACCUAUCCACCUAACGUCCGCCCUUCGAUCUCUAGUCCACUUUCUGUCAAAAAAUAUAAAAAUACCUCUUCAACAUCCGAAACCGAUCUCACCUCUUCACCGAAUGUUCCCAUCUCUGCUAAUCGCCAUCUCUCUUCUCAGAGAGAUGUCAGAUCAUGGGACAGAGACGUGCCUGUCACUCCGAAAGAAGUAACUGACAUUGAUAGAAAAGUCAGAUUGGUAAAUGUUUCAGAAACGUCUCCAUUGACUCCCUUGAAGGACGAAGAUAAAUACGAUAUAUCUAAUCACUCUUCUCCUUAUACUCCCUCUCCAUCAAAAUUACCUCUUCCAAUCAGAGGAUUAGCUCGACCUAUUUCACUAGGACAGAAUUAUCGUUUUGUCGAUAACAUUCCCACACACAGUACUCGUAAUGAUCAAGAUUCCAGGGUGGUGGAUCAUGUGAAGUCCGAGAUGGCGAAUGAAAGAGAUUGGCUUGGUAAUAAUGAGUCUUUCUCCGGGGUAAUCAUGACUGGUGAGAAGGAUGAGAAACUGAGACAUAUUGAGAGGAAUGAAGAGAGAAGAGGCUGGGAGAUGAAAGACAGGCUUGAAAGGAAACAUCACGUUGUCCAAACUCCACCUUCGUUCAUCCCUUCUGGAAGAUAUCAACCAAUAAGACAAUCUUCACCUUCACCAAUACAUUUCUCAGAUAUGUCUCCUACUCCUCCAUACAAACCUACUACUCCUCUGAUGUCCACUGAUCAUUUUACAAAAGAGAAAGGGAAAGGGAAAGGGAAAGGUGAUGCUGAUUCUUCCCUUUUACUCAACAAACGAAUUGGACAUUCUUCACCUCUCAACAUGACAAAACCUAUCCGACAUUCUUCUCCUCUUUCCUUGACCAAAAGAACAUCCUCAUCUAUUCGAAUGACCUCGACGGAUCGUUCUUCAUUACAACUCACUCCUAAUCGUCAUUCAUAUCCCUCGUUCCUCACGCCAGACAUCUCAUCUCGUACUUCAGGACGGUCUAGGUUCUACGAGGAGGAGAGCUUCACAGGAAGUGUAUCGCUCAGAACUUCGCCUUACGGGAUGUGUACGAGGAAUAAAGGUGAUAUAACCCCAGUUAGAAAUUUCCAGCAAGUCCUUAACCAACCCAGUCAAAUCUCUUCAGCCGAGUUGACACAAGAAUCACGUAACAUGAUGGCGGAAGCUCGUAUGAAAUGGGGACGAGAAAAGUGA